UUCAAAACUCCAUCCAUGAGCCAGGAGUUUACAGAGCAGCCUCAGAACAAGCCUUGCACUGGGUUAGAGCAUCUUCCUCUGCAGUACAUUUAUGCCAUGGUGUUUGCAAUGGAGGAGAUCAACCGCAGCUCCGGCCUCCUUCCUGGAGUGAAGCUUGGUUAUCGUAUCCACGACAGCUGCGCCCUCCACCCCUGGUCCACGCAGGCAGCCCUGUCUCUGGUGGCAGGAGAGAACAGCAGGUGCAGCGCAGCAGGAACUGGAGCAGGAUCUGGGAAAGGGGUUCCCCUGAUCAUCGGAGGCUCGUCGUCCAAGACUGCCAUCAUCCUCUCCAGAGUCUUGGGGCCGCUCUCCGUCCCACUGAUGAGUUACCAGUCCAGCUGCCCGUGUCUGAGCGACAGGAGGCAGUAUCCCAAUUUCUUCCGGACCAUUCCCAGUGACGUCUUCCAAGCCAAGGCCUUCGCCCAGAUGGCCAUUCGAUUCAAGUGGACGUGGAUCGGAGCCGUGAUCGCCGACAAUGAUUACGGCUACGUGGCGGUGAAGGUUUUUGAGGAGGAGAUUCGAGGAGCUGGAAUCUGUCUGGCGUUUGUGGAGACUCUGCAGCGACAGAAGAUCGUGAGUGACUCCAUCCGAGCCGCUCUCGCCAUCCAGGCGUCGUCCGCCAAAGUGAUCCUGGUGUUUUCCUGGUACACGGAUGUGAGAGAACUGUUUGUCCAACUCGCCAAGUUAAACGUGACCGACAGACAGUUCCUGGCCAGUGAGGCCUGGAGCACCAGUGUUGGCCUGCUCCAGAACCCCGCCACUGCUAAAGUCGCUGCUGGAGUUGUGGGCGUGGCCAUCCGCAGCUCUCCCAUUCCUGGCUUUGAGAGUUUCCUCCGAGGGCUGAACCCUGCUGAACGGCCUGAUGAUGGACUCUUGAGACAGCUAUGGGAGAUGGAGUUCGCUUGUUCUCCGGUGGCUUCAAAUGCGUCGAGCGGCGGCUCCUCUCGAUCACUUCCCAUCUGCAGCGGCUCAGAGUCGCUUCAGAAAGUGGACAAUCACUUCACGGACAUCUCGCAGCUGCGAGUCACGUACAACGUCUAUCUGUCGGUUUACGCCGCCGCCAACGCCCUUCACAAGCUCCUGUCCUGCCCUGACGCAGCCGCUGGAAACAGAACCUGCUCCAAACCUGCAGCGGACAUCAACCCCGCCGAGGUGCUGCAACACCUCAGCAAGGUCAAUUUCACCACGCCGCAAAAUGAGAUCUUCUACUUCCAAGGUGCGGACAUUCCAGCAAAGUACGACCUGGUCAACUGGCAAAAGUCUCCCGACGGUCAAAUGAAAGUGGUUCUGAUCGGCCGGGUGAAUGGCUUUGAUCUUAUUCUCAACGAGUCGGCCAUUCAGUGGCCGAGUGACACAGGCUUGUUUUCCAAGGUGCCCGCCUCAGUGUGCAGUGAGAUCUGCCCGCCUGGCACCAGGAAGGCCGACAGGAAGGGAGAACCGCUCUGCUGCUUCGACUGCAUCCCCUGUGCUGACGGGGAGAUCAGCAACAUCACAGGUUCCCUUUACUGUGAUCGCUGUCCGCCUGAGUUCUGGUCCAAUGAGAACAGAACCGCUUGCCUCCCUCGCCAGCUGGACUUUCUUGCUUUCAAUGAGACUCUGGGCAUCACCCUCACCACGGUCGCUGUCUCCGGGACGGUGGUGACCAGCGUGGUCUUUGUCAUAUUCCUCCAUUACCGCCACACACCUCUGGUUCGAGCGAACAACUCCGAGUUGAGCUUCCUGCUUCUCCUCUCUCUGAAACUCUGCUUCCUGUGCUCUCUGGUCUUCAUUGGUCGACCAUCAGUUUGGGCCUGUCGCUUCCAACAAGCGGCGUUCGGGAUCAGCUUCGUCCUCUGCGUCUCCUGCCUCCAGGUCAAAACAAUCGUGGUGCUGGCGGCCUUCCGUUCGGCCCGACCGGGUGGCGAGUCGCUGAUGAAGUGGUUCGGUCCACAUCAACAGCGGGGAAGUGUGUGUGUCUUCACCUCCGUGCAGAUCAUCAUCUGUAGUAUUUGGCUUUCACUGGAUCCCCCGGUGCCUCGGCCAGACCUCGACUUACCAGGGCUGAGGGUGACAUUGAAAUGCGCCAUGUCCUCGGUGGUGGGCUUCUCUCUGGUUCUGGGCUACAUCGGCCUGCUGGCGUGCAGCUGCCUGGUCCUGGCCUUCCUGGCCAGGAAGCUGCCGGACAACUUCAACGAGGCCAAACUCAUCACCUUCAGCAUGCUGAUCUUCUGCGCCGUCUGGGUGGCCUUCGUCCCGGCGUACGUCAGCUCCCCCGGGAAAUACUCCAAUGCCGUGGAGAUCUUCGCCAUCCUGGCCUCCAGCUAUGGUUUGCUGCUCUGCAUCUUCGCUCCAAAGUGCUUCAUCAUCCUGCUGAGACCUGAGAGAAACACCAAGAAACACCUGAUGGCCAGAUAGCUGAGUGAGACAAGUG